CGUCAGUGAAAAAUAAAUCUCAGAAAUUGUUGCUGCAAGCAUUUGAUGAACCAUGAGUGGAUGCCCAUUUCUUGGACAGAAACACAAAUUUUUCCCAAGCAAGCUGCUUCUGAAGGAAGACGAGGAUGAUUCCCAGAGAGGGAUCAACAAAGCUAGCAAGGGCGGAAUCAUCUACGGGGAAUACCUACAACUGGACAAGGUGCUGAAUGCUCAGGUGCUGCAGAGCGAGCUGAAGAAAAACAAGAUCCAUGAUGAACACCUUUUUAUCAUCACCCAUCAAGCUUAUGAACUAUGGUUCAAGCAGAUACUGUGGGAAUUGGAUUCAGUGAGAGAUAUUUUCAUCAAUGGCCACGUUCGAGAUGAACGGAACAUGCUGAAGGUUGUGACCAGAAUCCACAGAAUCACUAUGAUCUUAAGGCUCCUCGUUGAUCAGUUUUCAGUCCUCGAGACCAUGUCUGCCUUAGACUUUUUUGACUUCAGAGGUUACCUUUCCCCAGCCUCUGGGUUCCAGAGUCUUCAGUUCCGCCUGCUAGAGAACAAGAUUGGCGUUGCCGAGUGUCAGAGGGUGCCCUACAAUCGACGGCACUACAGAGACAAUUUCCAGGGUCAGGAGAGUGAGGUUCUCCUGAGGUCUGAGCAGGAGCCUACACUGCUUCAGCUGGUGGAGAAAUGGUUGGAGAGAACUCCUGGACUUGAAAAAGAUGGGUUCAACUUUUGGGGGAAACUUCAAGCAAAUGUGGAAGCAGGUUUUAAGCUAGAAAUGGAGAAAAUUGAGCAAAAACCAGAGUCUGAGGAAAAGCAAGAAAUGAUGGAAGAUCUCAACAAGCAGAAAGAGCUCUUUGCGUCCUUAUUUGAUGAAAAACGGCAUGAUCAUCUUUUAAGUAAAGGUGAUAGGAGGCUCUCCUAUAAGGCUCUGCAAGGAGCACUGAUGAUCUACUUUUACAGAGAGGAGCCCCGAUUCCAGGUCCCGUUCCAGCUUCUGACCUCCCUGAUGGACAUAGACACCCUCAUGACAAAAUGGAGAUACAACCAUGUCUGCAUGGUGCACCGCAUGAUUGGCAGCAAAGCUGGGACUGGGGGAUCAUCUGGGUAUCACUACCUGCGCUCCACUGUCAGUGACCGUUACAAGGUCUUUGUCGAUCUGUUCAACCUGGCCACCUUUCUGGUUCCACGUGCCUGGGUCCCCAAACUGAACCCCAAUAUCCACAAGUUCCCCUACACCGCAGAGUGCUGUGACAGUUCCUACUGCAGCAGCGAAGACUCCGACUAGCACAGCGAAGGGUGGGGCAGGACACACCCAGCAGCAGUAUUCAAACCGUGUCGAUAUGGCAACUCCAUUUGAUCAGGGCAAGCCGGACAGCCAAUCCAGUCAGGAAACGUCAGUGCAGAAAAUGUGUUUCGGCUGGGUGGUUGUCUGAUCCAUAACUGUGAUCCAACCUCUUCUUGGAUCCCCACAUCAUUAGAAUGUGAUGAAAAAAUAGCAUACCUACGCAGCAGUAGGGAAAGAUGGCAGGGCAUCUGUUGUCGUCAGUCUGUUGUCUGAUGGAGCCAGACUAUAUGAGAAUAUGUUUUGCUAAAGCCUGCUUUUGUAACCCACUGGAUUUGGUGGGAGGUUUGGGACUGAUACCUAGCAGGAGUUAAGUCUUACAAAGUAAUACUUGUAACAAAGAAACCUCAAGUAGCGUGUGUAUAUAGUGUUUAUACGAACAUUAUUUAAACGUUAAUUUGAGAUAUGACACAUACACAUAUACUGUAUUCGUUUGUAAAUACACUCAUCCGUGUUCAAUGCUCAUUACAAUGUAUCCAUAUACAUUGUAAUGUAUAUUUAAGUUGUAUUUGUAAUGUAAAGGUUAGCUGUAUUAUCUGCAAUAUGCUGUGGACCAUUCAG